UGCCUUGGCAUAACCCUGCACUUUUGUCGUGGCUGUCAGUUUAGCCCAAUUUGCCAGUAUUUUCCGAUCAAUUGUCAAAAUUUUAACGAAUACUGGGAAUCUGUCAUCAUCAGUGCGCUGGAUCUGUUUUUAUUUUAUUAUACUUCUCUGCUUUUGUACGUUGCGAUAAAAAAUUUCACCUUCUCUGCUGAAAAAAAUUUCAAGUGCCUUAUUAUUGGAAAAAUAUGUGAAUUUCGCGUAUGAAAUAUAGUGCAAAACGUAGAUAAAGUGACCAACUACACGAAUUAUAUUAAAUAUAGUGCUAAUUUGUGUAAUAUGUUGAUGAAAAUCAGUGUGGAAAAUGGGCGUUAAUCAAAUUGUGAAAAAAUAAAGCAAAAAAAAAGUAAAACAAAAAAGUAAAGAAGCGCAGAAAGAAGAUUACUGUAACAACUACAACAGAAGAGCAACAGAUACAAUAACAACAACAACCAUAGACAACACUACAACAACAACGAAAAUUAAUAUCAGCAACAAGCACGACGAACAGCAGCACAUUCGUACAUAGUGGAUAGCAAACGUCAGCGCCAGCGAUUGUAGGCUUACUUGGAAAGAGUACAAAGUGAAAGGCGAUAUUUUCUUCUUUCUCCAAAGUGCAACGUAGUGUAAAAAGGACAACUACAAAAAAGAUCAUUUCAAAAGUGACAUUUGCGAUUUGAGAAAAUGGUGUGAUGGCAAAGAUGGCAUCUGGAGAUCUCUCUUUAACGAGUACGAGUAGCCAAGAAGAAGAAAGUCCCGAGUAUGUGGGUUAUGAUCGCACACUACGUCCCACAUUGAACGCGGGAGGUGGUGGCUCGAACGCUGCCAAUAACAAUGGUCAGAGCGGUGGCAACAGUAGUAGCGGAGGCAGCGGCGUGGUGAGUGGCGGCUCUGUUAGUGGUAGCGGCGGCGGCGGCAGUGGUGGCGGUGGCGGUGGUGUUAAUAACAACAAUGCAAAUGUAGCAAACGGCACGCCAUACGAUGUGCUUAAAACAUCACCCUUCAGCCCAGCAUCAUACAUGGAAUUGAGCCAGUUGCGGCAUCAGCGCGCCGAUGCGUUGUGUCGUUGUGAAGAGCUGCGCGAUCAGGUGGCCUACUAUCAGGAGCAAUACGUCAGCGCAAUGACACAGCUGGAGAGUAGUGAACGCAACAAGUUUAUUGAUGUGCUGGCGGAGAAUGCGCGUCUCAAGCAACAGAACACGAAGCUGGAGCGACAAUUGAUACGUUUGGAGAAUGAGAAUGGCAAUAAAUCGGGAAAUUCGGCGGCGAACUCAUACUACUACAGUAGUGGUGGUGGUGGUGGAGAUGGUCGCGGCGGCGGCGGUGGUGGUGGCGGUAAAUGUGAUGGCAGUUGCGCGGAAAACGAAAAGUUGCUGGAGGAGUUGCAUUUGUGUAAGGAGCGUAAUGCGGACUUGCUAAAGGAACGCAGUGUUAUUGCGGCGGAGCGUGAAAAGUAUAAAAAUAGUUUCGGCUCAACCAUAGCAGAGUUGGAUAAUGUGAAGAAGGAGCGUAAUUUCUAUCGCGAAUCGCGUGAGAAUUUCAAUUUACUGCGGGACACAAUGGACAAAGAGAUACAAAAGCUGAAAUCGCUACUCUCCGAAGAGUCCAAGAAAGUAUUUCUCAUCACCGUGGAGCGCAAUCGUAUCGAUGAGGAGCUAAAACAGUUGCUCUCGGAGAAGGAUAACGUCUUGCACGAGCAUCAAAAAAUGUUCGACGAUUUGUCGGCCGCCAAGAAGGAGAUCGAGAAUUAUAAGAAAAACGAUUUGCUCUAUCAAGCCGAAAUCAAUAAGCUACAUCAAGCCAAUGCUGAAUUGCAAAAGCGCGACUUGCUCAAGUCGAAUUCAUGGUCGAAAGAGUUCUCGGACAGCAAAGAUGAUUUCAAAGAAGUUGAAAAGCUACGCAAAAGUCUCGAGAAGGCCAAUUCAGAGGUGGAGCGCGCAUUACAGGAUGCCGAGCAGGCGAAGGGUGUACGCGACUGGGCCAUAUCGCAGCGUGAGAAAAUCGUGCAAGAGCGUGACUCGGUAAAGUCACUGUGCGAUAAUUUGCGCAAAGAGCGUGAUAAGGCUAUUUCCGAUCUGCUGUCGGCCAUACGUGACAGUGAAAAGAUAAAGAAACAAAAGGAUGAAGCGCAAAAGAAGAUCGAUGUGCUGAAGGAACAAAUUGAGAAUCAAAAUAUUGAUAGUGCUUCACGUCGCAGCUUUCGUAUGAGCACUUAUGAGGCCGAGGAUCUACUCGAUAUUGAAUUGAACUAUCAUUCGGAUAGUGAUAUAGGCAUUAUAUUGGACGACAGCAAUAAUCGGCAGUUGGUAUGUGGCGUCACUAAUAGUUCGCCCGCCUUUGGUAAACUCAAAAUGAACGAUGUCAUAUGCAAGGUGAACAAUCUCGACUGUCAGACAAUGACAAAGCGCAUGGUGUUGGAUGAAAUACGUAGCAGCGCGCCACGUUGUAAGCUCUUGGUAUCGCGCACGCGCCACAGCAAACGACACUUCUAUACGGUGCAUCUGAAUAUGCAGAAUAAUAUGAAUCAUGGUCUGAGCUUGGACACAGGCGUGUUCAUUUCGAAAAUCGAGCCAAACUCACUUGCUGCCUACGAACCCGAAUUGGAUGUGGGUGACCGCGUGUUGAGUAUCAAUAAUAAGUCCAUGGAAGGCAUACAUUCCGUGGACGAUGUAAUGGGUUUGCUCAACGAUGAACGCAACGAUGCGAUUACAAUCUUUGCACUGAAAAAUGUGCAAGAUAUGAUGGGUUAUGGCGAUGGUCAACGUCGUAUGACCACCUCGUCCGCACAAACAGAUUCCAUUGACUCCAUGCAUCGCAUGACAAGCGCGAAGCAUCCUUCGAAGUUCUCUGAAAUGUUGAGUAUAUUCAAAAAGAUACACAUCUCUAAACCCGGCACCGAUGUGGACCACUUCACUCAGGAACACGAUGCGCUCGCCGAACUCGAUUCGGUGCUGAGCGAGAAUUCGUCAGAGAAGCCGCGACGUGGGAAACGCAGCAAGAAGGAGAAGGAAGCAGCAGCAAAAAGUAUGGGCACUUGGCCACGUGCUAAUAUACUUAACGCCACGCAUGAGAAUCCCACUGGCACUAUAGUGCAACAACGUGAGAAAAAGCGUCCGCCACUCGCGCUAUUUACAGCCGGCCCGAUAAAUGUGGAUAAAGACGAUGAGCGCGAGACGUCCGACGAGCAACCGCCACCACUACCGCCGCAAGCCAAACCACAAGCGCAUAUGCGUAACGGCAUUAGUGGCGGUGGCAAUACCAUCAAGACAAAUCCACAUCGCAAUUCUAAUCCCAUACCCGCAUCGGCACUCUUCACACCCUCGCCCAUCUCUUCGGGUAUGCCGAACGUGAAUGGUGGCAGCAGUAAUAACAGUAAUGUUUAUGCCAACUACAGACACUCGGUGUACGCAGAGCCACAAUUGGACAAUGUGGGCCUGCUGGGCGAACCUACAAAGCCGUUACAGCGACCAGCGCCUAUAAUGGGCGCGAAUAUGCGCGUGAAAAUGCCGCCAGUGCCUGAUAAAUACGGUAAUCAGCGUGUGCACAACUAUCAGAAUCGUUAUUCGCUCAACAUAACGCCGACUGAGUUCUACAAGACUAGUGGCCAGCAGGCGCAGCAGCAGGUCAUACAUAGCGGUAACGGUGUAGAGUUUUUGCCACGCAAGCCGUACAUCUUUGAUAUGCUCAACAGUGGUAAUGCGGGCAUGAGUGGCGGCGGCGGCGGCGGUGGUGGUGGUAGUAAUGUAAUGGGCGGUGGCGUAAGCAUACCGAGCAGCGUUAGCUCGAGCAAGUCGCAGCCGCAUCCUGUGCUCUAUGCACCAAUGCAUCUCCAGCCACCUAACUUUGCGCGCAGCUCUUCUACCACCCAGCAGAAUUCAUUGGAUAUGAUAUCGAUUAAGUCGCAGAACUCAAUCGACUCGAUAUUGUCGGCGAAGAGUCCGCCAAUCAGCGAAUGCGCAGUGAUGAAUCAUUACCAGAAGCGCGGCGUGCCUAUGCCACAAGCAGCCGCACCGGUACCCAACAAGAAUGUCUCCAAGUAUCCAAGUGACAGCGAAAGUAUUGCCUCGGGCAUAAUGAGCGCCAGUGUUGGCGGUGGCGUCAGCGGCGGGGGCUCUGGUGCCAACAGCGUACUCUUUCAUUCGAAUAACAUGGCCGCACCAAUGCACAAUCGUCACUCGCAACUAUUUCCCACUUUCACACAAAAUUCCAUAAACGCUAUGCGUCAAAUUCGACACUCUAGUCCGCUCACUUUGCCCUCCUCGCAUCCGCACUCUCACACACCGCACGCACAUUCGUCCGCACAACAGAGCCAACACGGCGUCGAUACGGCAGCUGGCAGCGCAAUUGGCAUACCCACCAGUUCGGUGGAUAAAUUCGACAUGGACUUUAUGGCGCCCAUGCACUCGCACCCAUAUGUGCAAGACUAUCCGCUCUAUCAUCCACAUAGCGGCGGAGUGCCCGGCGGUAGUGGUCAUGGUGGCCAUGGCGGUCACGGGAGUCAUGGCGGCGGUGGCAUCAUCUACGAAGGUGGCACAUUUCCACGCAAAAAAGAUCAUCAACGUUUGCGUAUCCCUUCCAAUCCGAGUGUGGCAAGUAAGAAUAGCGCUGGUGUAAAGAAUAGUUCCGGUUCCAUUGAUCAUCACUAUUGUGGCGGUAUACCGAAUAUACCGUCGAGUAUGUCUGGUGCGCCACCCUCGAUGUUAAUGCAUCAUUCCGCCAUAGCAGCGGUGGCAGCGAAUGGCGGCGGCAGUGGACGCGGUUCACCAAUGCCGCAAGUGCACGUAGAAGUGUUGAGUCAUGGCGGUAGUAAGCGUAAUUCGAAUGCGCCGUCGGAUUUUUUAUGCCCUGGAGACCUUAGAAGAGUCACGAUCGAGAAGAGCGAUAAAUCGCUCGGCAUUACCAUACAAUGCAACAACAAUGGUGGCGGCAUCUUUGUAUCGACUGUAGCCGACAAGAGCAUAGCCACGCGUGCUGGUCUUCAGGUGGGCGAUCAACUCUUAGAAGUGUGCGGCAUAAAUAUGCGUUCGGCUACAAAUGACAUUGCGGCGAAUGUGUUGCGUCAGUGCGGCAACUCGAUAACAAUGCUGGUGCAAUACAAUCCGGAAAAAUUUCACUCCGGUGAAUAUGAUGGCACUAAUAAUCUCGAGACUGAAUCUCCAGUUAAUCACUCUGGCUCGCCCACGCCACGCAAUUCACCGCGUCCACCGGCGCGCACAAUGAUGUCCUCACUACCACCACUACCCAUGUCACCACCAACCAGCGGCAAUCCUUUGGCACAACAGUCAAACAUAAUGCCACAAUCGAGUUCACUUCUCUCAACCCAAUCGAUUAAGGAUCAAAGCUUCGCCGAUAGUCUCGAGAAUCAAUCGGAUAUAAGUAGUAGUCAGGACUUACCUUCAUCAGCAGCUACAACAACCACGACAGCGUCAACAACUUCAACCGUUUACGAGGAGGAGGCACGCUAUGUCACUCUCUGCAUGGAUAAAUCGAAGAAUCUAGGCAUUAAACUAUUCGGUGGCAAUAAGGUGGGCAUUUUCGUGCAUGACGUACACCCCGGCUCGCCCUCCGACAUCGCGGGCAUACGCAAAGGUGAUCAAAUAUUGGAAUAUAAUGGCGUGGAUUUGCGUUGUGUUACGGCCGAGCAGGCGGCAAAUGAGAUAUCCAAGUUGACGGACACUGUGACGCUGUUGGUGCAGAAUAAAUUGAAAAAAUUAAAGCAAAUUAAAGACAAAACCGGUGAUUCUUUUUAUAUACGUGUCGGCUUCGAUCGUAUCGGUGAGUUGAAUGAUGGCGACUUGCGUUUUGUCAAGGAUGAAGUGCUCUAUGUGGACAACACGGUUUUUAAUGGCACAUUCGGGUUGUGGCGCGCAUGGAAAUUGGAUGCGAAGGGACAUCGGAAGGAGUGCGGCAUUAUACCAAGCCAGAUGAAAGUUGAGGAGGAGCUGCGCGCCGGCGAAGUAGUCGAUUGCGAGGGCGGCACUGCCCGUCGAGGCAGCACAUCGGCGCGUCGUUCGUUUUUUCGUCGAAAGAAGCACCAGCGUAGCUCAUCGCGUGACUCCACCGAAAUUGCCAGUUUCAGCAAUACACAGCUGAGUUUCUUUCCCGACUCCGGGAUAUUGAAUGAUGAUGGCGGCAUAUUAAGUUAUCAGCGUGUGGAGCGAUUGGAUUCACCUGUGCGUCGUCCGGUGCUUAUUAUUGGUCCCUUAUCGGAGUGUGUUAUGCAACGUUUGACAAUUGAUUUUUCGAAUUUAUUUAAAAUGUGUGAAGUAACUACAAUGGAUUGCUCACAGAAUGCCAUGGAAGAGGGUCUACAGGAGAAUAUUUUCGUUGACUAUCGUCGGCGUGGUAAUAAGUUUGAAUGCACCACAGUGGAGAAUAUAAAUAAUGCAUGCAAGAAUGAUCGUCGCCAUUGCAUUUUAGACAUUUCCCCUUCGGCUGUUGAACGUCUACAGCGCUUACAAAUCUAUCCAAUCGUCUUACUCUUGCGCUUCAAAUCGGCUAAACAAAUACGUGAAAUACGUGAUUUUGGCAUUGAUAAGAUAUCGGCGAAGGCGGCAAAGGAAAUGUAUGAACGCGCAUUAAAGUUGGAAGCGGAUUACAAGCAAUACAUAUCAGCUGUUAUACCCGGCGUUAGCAUUAAACAUAUGUGCACACAAAUCAAGGAUGCUGUUGAUAAGGAGUUAGAUAAAUUGUUGUGGGUGCCCGUGAGCGGUUAAUGCAACUCUGUUUGGGUGCAAUACAUUCGCAUUUGUAUUGCAUUUAAUUUAUGGUAGUAUUGUACGCACAUAACAUUUUUAUUGGAAGUUUUUCACUGAUUUGCUUGUAGUAAAUGAGAUGUUGCUACGUAUUUUAACAUAAUUAUGUUUUAAAAUAUUUUUUUUAAGUUAUUUUAAAUUCACGAAAAUUAUUUAGCUGUGAACUACUUGCGUUUAUAAGCUUUUAUGCUCAUAUUUAACGUUUAUUCUUAUAUAGUAUUCUCUUUUACUUCCAACUCUGUUUUCUGUUCGUCCUUUUACGCAUUAAAUUAUGUAUUAUUCUUUUCUUUUUUUUGUGUGCUUGUCUUGUCCACUUUUUUAGGCUUCUAAUUACUUUUGUAUUAUUUAACUAUCUAAUACGUAUUUGCUUAGUAUGAUUUGCUUUAAGCUUUUAUUAGUUAUUUAACUAGUAAUGUGUACAAACAGUACACUCAUUUGGCAUUUAUAAAUGCUGUAUUAGAAAAAUAUUUAAAUUUUUUCUUAAUUGGCUGCUGACUUAGUGUAAUUGCUUAUAAAACGUAUUUUGUUUAUU